GCUGACGCUCAACAUGUAAACAAACACACUCAGCGGCCAUUAUUGUUCACUUGUCUCGGACAUAAAGAGUUGGAAAGAAACAAAAAGCAACAACGACAGCUUUGAACCUUCACCUCUUGCCAAAAUGAAAGACCCAAGUCGCAUCAACAACACCCCAAGCUUCAGCAACAGCGAACUUAUCCUACAUGGACAGUUCAUCAAUGAUGACAAUCCCUUUGCUGAAUACAUGUGGAUGGAGAAUGAGGAGGAAUUCAACAGACAGAUUGAGGAGGAACUGUGGGAGGAGGAGUUCAUUGAGCAGUGUUUCCAGGAGAUGUUGGAGGAAGAGGAGAAUGAAUGGUUCAUCCCAGCAAGAGAUCUCCCUCCAACCCUCGGUCAACUCCAAGACCAACUCAACCUUCUGGUCCUCUGUGACACAGGCAUCGUCGACGGCCUGGCGAUCAACAGCAAUUUGAACCCUGAAGCACAAGAAUUCGUACCAGGGUGGAAGCACUGAGACUAGUCCUCUGAUGAACGAAUCAUCUGUCCACACUGAAGCCAGUGUAGGAAGAUCUGUUGGAGUUCUGUGACUCUGUUGCACUUAAUGUGUUGCCAAAGUUUUCCAGCUAGCCCUGCAUGUUUAACGUUUUGAAUAAUGUUGUGUAUAUAAAUCAUAUGUUUGUUGUAACUCUUCUGAAUGUAAAAACAGGGUAGGAGCCAGAAUACUUUUUACUUGUAUUUCUUAUUUGAAUAUUAUAGGCCCAUGUUAUGUAAGUUGUUCUAACAUACCUGCCCCCAUCAAAUAAUUAUUUUCUGUUCAAUCAAAACUAGUGGUUCAUCUCAAAAUCACAAGAUGUAUUUUUCAUUAGAUCUUUGUUUGCGUUAUGAAUUCAGUAAAGUUCAGAGAACAUAUUUCUUUAUACAGUCUCCUUUUGUUGAAAUGCAGUUUGCUAUGAGAUUAAUAUGUAAUAUCUUAGCCGGGUUUAAAGCUGGAUGUUAAAAAUUAGAUUACCUACUUUAUAAUAUGUCUCUUAUUUGUUUUUUUUUUCUACGUUUUACUUUCUUUUCAGAGUCUGAAAUGUCAGGCUUAUUUUAGAUUUUAUUUUCAUUGCUCCUGUUCUUCCUGACAUUAUCUUUCAGAGCCUGGAGCUUGAAAUCCUACUGCCAUGUCGAUGUGACUUUAGUUUUUUCUAAAUGCAUCUAAAAGGAAAUCUACUGUAUAAAUACUUACCAAAACUAUUGUACAAAAAUAAAAAAUAAACAUGUUUUUUCUUUAAGUAUUUGAAAAUAAA